AUGCUCAGUCCUGUCACCCCAUACAGUCUGUUGAAGAUGCACUGGUCUCCCGAGCACGUCGCCCCCUUAUCUCAGUGGCCUGAGCAGCACCUAGACGUCACCUCUACCACCUCACCCCCAUCUGCCCACAAACAUGACCCCUAUGCUACUGCUGCUCGCCGCAGCUAUGCCCCUGCAGGUUACCCAUGGGCCAGUGAUGACAUAUCUGCCCUUACUGCCUCUUCUCUGCUUAAACGCUAUGCUGAGAAGUAUUCCGGCCUGGAGCUGUCCUAUGAACGCCCUGCUACUGGGGCCUACUCAGAGCCUGGAACUUUCCUAAAAACUGAAUCUGAGCCCUGGGCUCUGGGUCAGGGCAUGGAGUGUUACCCUGGACUAGAGGCUUUAACUGGCACCAAGGUGGGUUCUGCCUCUGUGGGCAUCCCAGCCACAGGAAGUGUAACAGUAGUGAGCAGUAACUUGGCCUCUGAGCCAAGCUACAGUGGUGCUGGCUCCUGCAGCGCAGCGUCAUCUCAGGAAUACCCUCCUGCCUACAAUAGCACCUACCUGUCGUCAGGAUAUUGCCCUCAGCCCAGUGCAGCACUUCCCCCUGCCACUCUACACUCUUUGCAGGCCACACCCACUCUAGUGCCCAGCUACAGUGCCAGCACCCCUGUCUACAACUACCCUCCAGGGUGCUACCCCCAAACCAGCCUGUCUUCUGGAUACAGCCACCCCAGUGCCUCCUACCUGCCAUCUGGGAUAAGUGCCCCAACUCCUCUGGCCCCUAGGCCCACCAUGGUGGGGGGCACUUACAGCUAUGCAUCUCACAGCCUCGGAGGGAGCGCCGAGGCAGGGGUGCCACUGAAACGCAAGGCCUUUGAGAUGGCAGAGGAUGGACAGGAGGGAGCAGAGGUGGAGGGAUCACGCUACAGAAAGUAUGGCAACGGCCAUGGAAACAGUCACAGCAAAGGCCACGGCAACGGCCACAGCAAUGGCUAUGAUAUGAGCGGUUCGGCCUCAGAUCCACAGGCCUACAAACCUGGAAAGCCCCUGAUGUCGCCCCCGUAUGGUGGGGCAGGGGACUACAGCCCACCAUCAGGCCUUGCAGGAGAGAGUGCAGCGGGUGAGCACAACUUUCCUCAGCAGCAGAGGAUGUCUAUGAAGAUACCUGCAUCGCACACACGAUCUGAGGACCCCGCUGGAGGCCGCUGA